CGCAGCUCCCUCACACCCACCGGCCUCACCCGGCUCCGCGCAGCCGCCGCCAGCCGGGGCGGAGGGUCCCGGGGCGCGCAGCCGGCGGCGGGGGGAGGGUCCUGGCGCCUGACGGUGCCCCGAGGCGGGGCGAGGCGAGGCCGCGCCGCCGCCUCCGCGCUGCCUGCGGCCGAGCGAGGAGGGGAGCAGCGGGCCCGAGGUGCGCGGUCGUUGCUGCCGCUGCCAGCGGAGCACCGAGGGACACCGGCGGAGCGGUGGGUGCCUGGUCCACGGCUCACGCCAGACCACGUUGGGAGUACGGAGGGAGAGUGCUGGUGGAAGUCCUUUUGAAGCUUGCUUGCCUGCAGGAACCAUGAGGUCACAAUACAUCACAGCACCCACAGUCACUGUCCUUCUGUUCCUGCUGUGGGUCCAGUCGUCGUCAGGCUGCAACAAGGCUCUCUGUGCUAGUGAUGUCAGCAAGUGCCUCAUACAGGAGCUGUGUCAGUGCCGCCCUGGGGAAGGGAACUGCUCCUGCUGUAAGGAGUGCAUGCUGUGCCUGGGGACGCUUUGGGAUGAGUGCUGUGACUGCGUUGGUAUGUGCAACCCUCGCAAUUACAGUGACACACCUCCCACAUCCAAGAGUACUGUUGAGGAGCUGCAUGAACCAAUUCCUUCCCUUUUCCGGGCACUGACGGAAGGGGACACUCAGCUGAACUGGAAUAUUGUUUCCUUCCCUGUGGCAGAAGAACUGUCACACCAUGAGAACCUUGUUUCCUUUCUAGAAACAGUGAACCAGCCCCAGCAUCAGAACGUCUCCGUCCCAAGCAACAAUGUCCACGCACCAUACCCUAGUGACAAAGAGCACAUGUGUACCGUGGUGUAUUUUGAUGACUGCAUGUCAAUACAUCAGUGCAAGAUCUCUUGUGAGUCCAUGGGAGCUUCCAAGUACCGAUGGUUUCACAACGCCUGCUGUGAGUGCAUCGGGCCCGAGUGCAUCGACUAUGGCAGCAAAACUGUCAAAUGCAUGAACUGCAUGUUCUGAAGCAGCAGGAUUGUGACACAGAGAGAGACACCAAGGCCAAAGUCACCUCUCCCAGUUAAAGAUGGGGAUUGCAAGUGCUGCAUUUUUGGUGGAGUGCCUGCCGCUUGCAAUUAAAUGUACCUGGCUGAGAAGAACAAACAAACAAACAAAAAGAUGUAUAAAAUCUGAAAACCUCCUGGGGUUUGUUUUUGGUUUUGUUGGUUUGGGAUUUGUUGGUUUUUGUUUUUUGGGUUUUUUUCCUAAAUCCAUGUAAACAAGGCUCACUAGUAGAAGUUUCAAAGCUAUGUUUGAAGUUUAUUUCCUGCUCUUUCUGCUCAAAUGGUACAGCCAUGCUCAUCCUCGCUGUUGUGAUUGUUCUCCUUGGAUCUGAAAGUAUUGCCUAUGCUGGUUUGCAGGAUGUAGUACUAGAUCUCCUAGUUUAGAGUAGGGAAACCUUAGGAAUGUGGUAGUGAUAUUUCUGUCACCUACGUCCAACCAGUAAUAAAUGGCUGCUAGGCUGGAGGGAGUGGUGGUUCUUCAGGGGCUGGGGUUUAGAGGUUUUUUCAGUUUCUGGGUUUGGUUUUUAUUACCUUCUGGCGUGAAAACGGUAUGUGGGGAAAAGAAAAACUGCUGCUUUCUCUUCAGGUUCAGCACAUUGCAGAAUCACAGUGUGGCAGUGGUUGGAAGGGACCUCUAGAGGUCAUCUAGUCCAGGCCUCCUGCUAAAGCAGGGUCGCCCUUAGCAGGUUUCCCAGGAUGGCAAUGUCCAGGUGGGUUUGGAAUCUCUCUAGAGAAGGAGGCCCCACAACCUCUCUGAGCAGCCUGAUGCAAGUGCUCUGGCACCCUCACAGGAAAGAAUGUUUCCCUUAUUUUAGGUGGAACUUCCUGUGCUCCAGUUUGUGCCCAUUGCCUCUUGUCCUUUCACUGUGCACCACUGAAAAGAGUCUGGCCCCAUUCUCUUGACCCCCAUCAUUUAGAUAUUGAUCAGCAUGGAGAAGACCAUCUGGGCUGUCAUGGAUAAAAUCCAAACUUCUUAGAAGGGCUGCCCAACAAAACUCUCUGUAUGGACACUUUUCUCUCCAGUUUCAUUUGCCCUGCUCCCAUAAGUACGUUGGGACACAUGGUGCAUAAUUUAUAUAUUGGGGAAAAAAAAAUCAUAAUCUUCUCAGUCUUCCCUUGAUACCAACAUAAAGCUGUUAAAUGCAGUUGCCUCUCCCUCCUUUUGCACUGUUAUAAAGGAUUUGCUUACCCCUGAACCUUCAGUCCAGUAAAGGAACGUGACAGGUUCUCAUGGAUUUAAUUACUGAAUGAAUAAAGUAGAAUUAGAUGACAUGAAUAACAAGUUGUAUAGCACCUGGCAGCAGGCAUGUACCCAUUCAGCUGUCUAUUGUUAAUAUUUAUUCUAAACCAGGUUUUUGGUUGUUUGUUUUGUUCUGCCAUUAAAUAUUGUUGCUGAAGAAAGGAAUAGCAUAGAAUCAUAAAAUCAUUCUGGUUAGGAAACCCCUUUGAGAUCAUCGAGUCCAACCAUUAUCUAACUCUACCAAAUCUGGUGCUAAACCACAUCCCUCAGCACUGCAUCUCUGUGUCUUUUAAACACUUCCAGGGAUGGUAACUCCACCACUUCAAUGGGCAGCCUGUUCCAGGACUUGACAAACCUCUCUUCAAAUAUGCAACCUAAACAUCCCCUGGUGUGAAUUCAUGUUGCUUCCUCUUGUCCUGCUUCUUAGUAGGGAGAUGAGGCUGACCCUCCCCACCUAACCUUGCUACAGCCUUCUUUAGGGGAGUUGUAGACAGCAAGAAGGUCUCCCCUCAGCCUCCUCUUCUGAAGACCACACAAUCCUAGAUUCUUCAGCCUCUCCUCAUAAGAGAGGCUGUUAUCCAGACCCUUCACCAGCUUUGUUGCCCUUCUCUGGACCCUUUCCAGCACCUCAUUGUCCCUCUUGUAGUGAGGGGUCCAAAACUGAACCCAGUAUUCAAGGUGCAACCUCACCGGUGCUGAGUACAGGGAGACAAUCACUU